AUGAAGCUCCAACGUUCCCAUACAACCGACUCGUUUCGAGAACCGAUUCGAUCGCUAAAACCCGUCGAGAAUGCAGGGCAAAUCGCUCCACGAGUCACACUCUUGCCGGCCGAGAAGCCGCAAUCGCACUCAUUACCCCGAGGAAUCAAUCCCUUUCACCGCCAAGUCGCUCGCGUGCCGCUACCGAACGGCGUCGUUUCUACCAGUAGCACAGCACAGCCCCUCCCCGCGACAAUCAGGCAUCCUUCUCGUCUCACCUGCGGGCUACCUAAACGUUUCCUUCAUACUUACCUACUCACCUACCCCACCGCCACGAAUUUUUUUCUUCCCUUGCUUGCUACCUUGGAUUGUUUGUUAUCGUCUUCUGCUUGCUGCUCUGGGAAUCAUGUGGCAAUAACCCGGCUGUUUCGCAUUUGUUUGUCGUUUAAAUCUUGUUUUAGGUCGACGUUGGGCGGUACCUCUCCACUUUCUUCAUUGUCUGAAUCCAAAGGAGAAAUUAUCCGCAUGCGCCAUCGACGAAGGAAAGAAGUCUGAAACUUUUUUUGCUACUUCACCUCCACGCACGCAUCUUGAGUCGACUCAAUUGCUCCACCAUCCAACAUCGCCAGCACAAACCAACGCAGAUCGAAAACCCGCGAAACUCUCCAACCAUCUACUCCGGAACGACUCCAUUCUCCAACCCCAGAUACAACACACCUUCAGAACCACAGACAAUGGCAAAACUCAUAGACGCCCCCUCCGCCUCCUCCUUCCCCAUCUCCCUCACCCUCCUCAGCUCCGCCCCACCCCGCCGCUCAACCUCUCCCUCCCCAUCCUCAUCACCAACCAGAUCCUCCACAUCCCCCCACCACCACAGCGCUACGCCAUCUCUCCUCCCGAAUCUGCGUACCGUCGCCCAGUUACUCCUCGCUGUCGUGUGUUUUGCCGCCGCCGCG